UUUAGACAAACCACAAUAUGAAAAACAAUGGGCGUAAUUAGGCGUGUGAGCAUCCAACAGUGGAAAUAGUCAAGAAGGUCGAACGUGUUCACUUCGUCAAUUCUUGAACUGCUGAACACUCCGAGCUGGCAUUUGUGAAAGUCAAUGACUAAAAUAAUGCGAAAGAAUGAGCCUUUAAAGAUCAAAAAGCUACAUAAUCUCAAAUUAUUUUUUCAUUUCAUUUAUUCAUUCAAUAGUUAUUAGUAAACAGUAUGAUCAAGAUCAAGAACUGCUUUCGCGAAAUCACCAAACCCUGUCACUCCGAUGCCAAAGGUGUAGAAGAAUAUCCGGAAAAGGUUGGUGCUCCUCAAGAACAGAAGAUUUUCACAUUUCAAACCCUAAUUUCCGCAACAAACAAUUUCGAACAUAAGCUUGGUCAAGGGGGGUUUGGCCCUGUUUUCAAGGGGAAGUUGGAUGAUGGAAGGGAGAUUGCUGUGAAGAAACUUUCGCAAACCUCAAAACAAGGAAAAAGGGAAUUUACAAAUGAAGCCAAAUUAUUAGCAAGAAUACAACAUAGAAAUGUUGUAAGCUUAUUGGGAUAUUGUGCAUUUCCUGAAAAGCUUUUGGUGUAUGAAUACGUAGCUAAUGAGAGCCUCGACAAGCUUCUUUUCAAAUCUGCAAAGAGAGAUGUACUCGAUUGGAAGCGAAGAUAUUCCAUAAUUAAUGGGUCACAUACUCACAUACUAAAAGUAGAAAAACUUUAA